GUCAUGUUUUUAAUGCUUUUCGAUUCGUAAAGACCAAAAUAGGACUUGCGUGUUGAUGGCAUAGCUGAGUUUGCAAGAUCAGUGGUGAACACACCACAGCGAAAGCUCCACUAGCCCUCACAGCAACAGAUGCGGACAUGUACCUCCUUGAUUUGUUCACAAACAAUGUGGAGUCGGAGGACGAGGCGGAGGCGGCGUGCGCGGUCGUGCUGACGCCGCCGCUGUCGCUGGAGGGCGGCCUUGCGGCGGAGCUCCGCCCGGCCAAUCUCGCCCAGCGGGUGCUCAGCCUCUUCCUCAACGUCCGCCCGGGCUCUGACCUCUCCCACUUCCAGCUGCCGGCGACGUUCAACCUGCCCAAGUCGCAGCUGCAGCUGUACGGCGAGGGCGUGUACUGCGCCGGCGAGGACCUGCUGGGGCGGUGCGCGCGGGGGCGCGACAGCCUGGAGCGCCUGGCGUGCGUGGUGGCGUGGAGCAUCUCCACGACGCGGCCCCCCAUCUUCGGCUUCGCGCCCUACAACCCGGUGCUAGGGGAGACGCACCACGUCUCCACCACCUCCGGCUGCGGCGGCGGCCUCAACGUGCUCCUGGAGCAGGUCUCGCACCGGCCGCCCGUGACAGCGCUGCACGCCACGGACGCCCGCGGGGAGGUGCGGCUGGUGUGGUGCCAGAGCCCCGCGCCGCGGUUCCACGGCGCCAGCGUGGAGGCCGCGGUGCGCGGCGCGCGGGAGCUCCGCCUGCUCCGGCACGCCGAGACGUACGUUAUCGGGUGCCCCGGCCUGCUGAUCCGCCUCUUCCCGUCGCCCGCCUGCGAGUGGUCCGGCGACGUCCGCGUCGUCUGCGCCGAGUCCGGGCUCGAGGCCCAGCUCAGCUACUGCCGGACCCGCCGCUCCUUCCUCGGCUUCGGCGGCGGCGACGCCCGCUGCGUCAGGGGCAGGAUCUUCCGCUCGGCUGAGCCCGGAGACACCCUGUGCGAGAUCGACGGGUUCUGGGACCGCCAGGUCACGCGCAGGGACCUCGCCACCGGCGAGGUCUCCGUGCUCUACGACGCGCAGCGCGCCAUCGGUGACCUCGCCACGCCCGUGGUGCAAGACCGAAAGGGCGUGUCGGCCUCGGAGUCGGCCGUGGUCUGGGGCGAGGUGAGCAACGCGAUCCUGAAGAAGGACUGGGAGACAGCCCAGCAGGCGAAGCGGCGGGUGGAGGACACGGCGAGGAGGUUCGCCAAGGAGAGGAACGACAGAGGGGAGGUGUGGACGCCCAAGCACUUCUCGCUGUCGCAGAACAAGAGCGGCGACUGGGAGUGCUGGCCGCUGGAGGACUCCGUGCCGCCGGCUCCUAUUGUCGUCCCCUCCUCCUCCUCAUCAUCAUGAAAGAUCUAUGAAUCCAUAGUACACACAUACGGUACAGAAGUGAGAGAAACAAUGUUCAUGGAACAAACGAUGAACAGCCUGUUUUGGUCGUCGUAAUCUAUACGUAAACGGAUCCAGUCUGUAUCUGUAUUCUGUACAUGUUUCCGUCCCCACUGGGCAUGAUGGAUGGUUUUACUACCGCUGCUA